ACAGACCGCAAAUUACCAAAGGAGGCCUUCUCCAUCAGUGCCACAGAUGAAGCGGCCAACGCAGUGGAGGAGCAGGAGGAUGAGGAUGAGUGUGAGCUCUACCAGGGCCAGCUGUGCCAGCACACGUGCACCAACAUCUGGGGCUCCUACCGCUGUGGCUGCCACCAGGGCUACAUCCUUCAGCCGGACGGACACUCUUGUGCACCUGGAAACGGUGGCUGCAGUCAGCAGUGUACAGCCGUGAUAGGCCGGGCUCACUGCUCCUGCUUCCCAGGGUUCUCACUGGUGACAGAUGGGCGUACGUGUGAAGAUGUGGAUGAGUGCGUGACCAACACCCACAGGUGCCGGCCCAGUGACCGGUGUGUGAACACGGUGGGUUCUUUUGUAUGCAGACCACAGGUCACUUGUCCUGCAGGCUACCAACUGAAAAACAGUAUUUGCCAAGACAUUGAUGAGUGCAUGAUGAGGGCUCAUGACUGCGGUGAGGGCUAUGUGUGUGAGAACAUAGCUGGCUCUUUCCUCUGUAAAUCCAAACACAAGUGCAUCAGCGGCUUCACACAGGACUCUCAUGGCAACUGUGUUGACAUAAAUGAGUGCAGCAGCCUGAGUGUGCCCUGCAGCCCGGGUCUGAACUGCAUUAACACAGUGGGCUCCUACUCGUGUCAGCAGAAGAUAAUAACCUGCAAUCGUGGUUACCGCGCCAGCCCUGAUGGACACGAGUGUGUCGACAUGGAUGAGUGUCAGAUGGGGACGCACCGCUGUGGGCGGGGCCAGAUCUGUCACAACACUCCUGGAAGCUUCCGCUGUGACUGCCAGACAGGGUACCAGUUCGAUGCCCUCCGAAAAACCUGCAACGAUGUGAACGAGUGCUGGCGCUAUCCUGGCAGAGUGUGUGCCCAGACCUGUGAAAACACGCCGGGCUCCUACUACUGCUCAUGCACCGCCGGCUUCUCCCUCGCCGCCGAUGGCAAGAACUGUGAGGGUAAGCACGAUUUGUUUUUAUUUUUCCUCUUCCCCCGUCUCACGGAGAACAAUCUGGAAGCUUAA